GGUCUUUGUGGCGGUCGGUGCGCGCCGGGCGGGCCACGCGGGGAGCUGGUCAACAUGUUCCAGUGCCGCGGGGCCGCCGCCGCGGGGGGGGCGCUGGGCCGGACACUCGCUUCCCGCUCCACGCCCGCAGUUUUGCGGUGUCCUCAUCUAAGACCACCUUCUAGAUCACUAACGUCUCCAGGUGUUUCCAGGAAAGCUGGCACCAGCCUAGUGUACUACUUAAUUGUAGGAGGAGCAGUCACUGGGACAGGAGCUUAUGUGUACAAGACACUGAAAGAAAGCAAGGAGCGGUACAAUGACCGGAUUGCAAAAAUAGCUAUGCAUUCUGAACAAGAAGAAAAGCUCCGUUCUGAAGGGGGUGCUGCCUCCCAGAGUCCAGCAGCUCCAGAAAGUACUCAUCCUGAGGUUCCGUCUCAUACUCCUUUUUUGCUAAUUGGUGGAGGCACUGCUGCUUUUGCUGCUGCUCGAUCCAUUCGGGCUCGUGAUCCUGGGGCAAGGGUGCUGAUUGUGUCUGAAGAUCCUGAGCUACCCUAUAUGCGUCCCCCUCUUUCCAAAGAAUUAUGGUUUUCAGAAGAUCCAAAUGUCACAGAAACUCUUCAAUUCAAGCAGUGGAAUGGCAAAGAGAGAAGUAUAUAUUUCCAGCCUCCUUCUUUCUACGUCCCUGCUCGUGAUUUGCCUUAUAUAGAGAAUGGUGGAGUAGCCAUCCUCACUGGCAAGAAGGUGGUUCACAUGGAUGUCAGAGGCAACACAGUGAAACUUGAUGAUGGCACCCAGAUAUCCUAUGAUAAAUGUUUAAUUGCCACAGGUGGUUCCCCAAGGAAUCUUCUUGCAAUCGAGAGGGCAGGAAAAGAUGUGCAGAAAAGGGUGACGCUAUUCCGGAAGAUUGAGGACUUCAGAGCUCUAGAAAAGAUUUCAAGGGAAGUCAAGUCCAUCACCAUUAUUGGUGGUGGCUUUCUGGGAAGUGAGCUGGCCUGUUCUUUGGGAAGAAGGGCACAAACUACAGGGUCAGAGGUGAUUCAAAUGUUUCCAGAAAAUGGCAACAUGGGCAAGGUCCUCCCUGAGUAUCUGAGUAACUGGACUACAAACAAAGUCAAAAGAGAGGGUGUUAAUGUUGUGUCCAAUGCUGUGGUGAAGUCCAUCUCUGUCUGUGCCAACCGGCUGUUGAUUAAACUGAAGGAUGGAAGAAAGGUAGAGACCGAUCAUAUUGUGGCAGCAGUGGGCCUGGAGCCCAAUGUGGAAUUAGCAAAGUCUGCUGGCCUGGAGGUAGACUCUGAUUUUGGAGGGUUCAGGGUGAAUGCAGAGCUGCAGGCACGCUCUAAUAUCUGGGUGGCAGGGGAUGCUGCCUGCUUCUACGAUAUCAAGCUAGGCAGAAGGCGUGUGGAGCAUCAUGAUCAUGCUGUUGUGAGUGGAAGAUUAGCCGGAGAGAACAUGACGGGAGCUGCUAAGCCAUAUUGGCAUCAGUCAAUGUUCUGGAGUGAUCUGGGCCCUGAUGUUGGAUAUGAAGCUAUUGGCCUUGUUGACAGCAGUUUGCCUACGGUUGGAGUGUUUGCUAAAGCGACUGCAAAAGACACACCAAAGUCUGCAACAGAGCAGUCAGGGACUGGCAUUCGUUCUGAAAGUGAAACAGAAGCAGAAGCCUCUGAAAUCACCAUCUCUCCUGGUUCUCUCUCAAUCCCUCAAGUUCCAAAGCAAGGAGAAGACUAUGGCAAAGGGGUUAUUUUCUACCUCAGGGAUAAAGUGGUGGUAGGAAUUGUGUUAUGGAACAUCUUCAACAGGAUGCCAAUUGCUCGCAAGAUUAUUAAAGACGGUGAGGAGCAUCCUGACCUUAAUGAAGUAGCAAAGCUCUUCAAUAUCCAUGAAGAUUGAGCCCCAGGACCAAGACCCUCCAGCUGCAAGGCAUUGGCAUAACAGAGGGAAGUUGUGCCAACUGUGUGAGCUCUCCUCACCUCCAAGCACUUGCUUUGGAUUCCAAGUGCUUUGUGAAUAUUUUCAAUCAUCUAGAACUCUAAUGUUUGCACCAGUAAAUAAAGCCAGGUUCUUCUCA